AUGAAAGCUUUAUUUUUCUUUUUAGCUAUACUAUAACUUAUUUUUGCUGGUUCAGGAUAAUUUGUAACUUGCUCUAGCAGUUCUAGCAAUAAUUGUGUAAGCGCUUGCCCUACUGCACCGACUGGAUGUAUAUGGUAAGGGUCUCCUCUUAAUAAUUGUUUUAUUACUGAUUGUUCACUCUGCUAGUCCAGUGCUAAUACAAGUGAUUAAUAUUGCUAAUCAUGUUCAGUAUCUUCAGGGAAGUAUUCAAAUGCAGCAUAAACAGCCUGUGUUAAUCCAUAAUAUUCAUGUACCAAUAGAGGAAGCUAAUUAUGGACGGACUCUGAUUGCAAUCAAUGCUACAAUAGCAGUUAUUUUGCCAAUGGAUCUGGAACAUAGUGUAUUUAAUCUUCAGCUUCUUGUACAAACAGAGGUACUUAGGUUUGGACUAGCUAAGACUGUUUAUCUUGCUUUAAUAAAUAAGCAGUUGUAAAUAAUACUUGCUAUUCAAAAGUUAUCUAUAUUUCUUUAGCUUUUAUGAUUUCUAUGCUUUUAUGA